AUGUUUUUCUCAAAGGCUAUUCUGGCCGCCUCAUUCAUCCUCUUCGGCCUCGCUCAAGCAGACUUCUAUCUCGGUAGUGCCUCUGGUACAAUGGAAGAUGGAGGCCUCAACACUCCCUCGCUAGACUCGUACACAACCUAUAUUCUCCAAAUCGGAGACCAGGAUAUCUGCGACUCGUCAACUAUUGGAGGUGAUCCUUCCCAGCCAUCUACGGAUCCUUCCGCCCCGUGGACCAAUUUCUGCGGAGAGACCAUGAGCAACAAUUCGUGGAACGUGAUGCUAGAUCCGAGCGAUACUGUGAGUUCGACUCUAUAA